AUGGUAUAUUUCUCAGCUACUACUGGUCAGUAUAUUGGUCAGUUUGGUAGUCAUGGCAAUGGAAUUGGGCAAUUUUCUAAUCCUCGUGGUAUGUCUACUGAUAGUAAAGGUAAUAUAUUAAUAGCUGAUUACUGCAACAAAAGAGUACAAGUGUUUAAAGAAGAUGGUACAUUUGUACAAGUCAUGCAAUGCGAUGGUAAUGCAACUGAUGUAGCAGUUGAUAACGAAGGAAAGAUACACGUUACCAUUUGGAAUCAACUUCAUGUUCAAGUCUUCUCUCCUGAUAGUAGAACUCACCUCUAUACCUACAAUAAUCGAGCUGUUAACUUUAAUUAUCCUACAGGUAUUGCUAUUAAUGAUGAAGGAUAUAUCUUUGUAGCAGUUUACAAUAGUUACAAUAAAUCUUACCUCCACAUAUUGAGUCCUGAUAUGAAACAAGUCAACUCGAUUUCAGGUCUCCUUGGAGCAUAG